AUGAUGGUGGCCAUGUGUGUGAGGUUUGCAACAGAAAACGUGUUACUUCAUAUCCUCAUUCUCUCAGGUGCUUUGGCUUGCACUUACAAAAAUACACCUGUAUUUAUUACUGCACCGCAGAAAAUGGAAGCACUGAGUGGGUCUUGUUUGCAAAUCCCAUGUAACUUUCGUGUGAAUUCAGGAAUUAAAGCUGAGAGCACAAGUCAUGUUGGAGUUUGGGUUAAAACCAACCCUAACGUUAACAAAUAUCCAAGCAAUGUGAUUUUCAACAGUAGUAGUCAAGCUAAGGGAUAUCCAAUGAAUCUUACUGGAAAACUGAGUGAGAAAAACUGCACCACUUUAUUUUCUAGUUUAAUCACAACCUACACAGACACAUACUACUUCAGGUAUGAGAACGGGACAUACAAGGCAACAGCUGCUUGUGACCCUCUUCAAAUAACAGUUAAAGAUUCUGCUCCGAGGCCCUGGAUUAAUAUCUCAGGUGGUGUGAAUGAUCUGAAGGAGAAGCAGUCUGUCACUAUAACCUGCUCAGCUUUCACUCCCUGUCCACACUCCCCUCCUAAACUCACCUGGACUCUCCAACAAGACCCUCACAACAUCAUAGAGCAAAACACAGAUGGAACCUUUAGAACUAAAAUCCAGGAGACCAUCACUCUGUCAGACACACAUGAUGGACUCACCAUCAGCUGUUCUGUAGGAUAUCCUGUGAAUGAAGGAAAAGAUGUGAAGACAGCAGCAGCAGAAAUCACUCUCAGUGUUUCAUAUGCUCCCAAGGACACCUCAGUGUCCGUCAGUCCAUCAGGUUUGGUGUCAGCAGGUAGCUGGGUGAACCUGACCUGCUCCAGCAGAGCCAAACCUCCCGUCAGCCGCUUCACCUGGUUCAAGAACAGCAAAGAUGGAGCCAUCAGUGUAGAUGAAGGAGACUUUUACAGCCUUAAUGUCACUGAUGGAGGAGAUUAUUACUGUGUGGCUACAAAUGAUCUCGGGAGUGAGACAUCACUAGUGAUCCAUAUUGAAGAAACACCUGAUGGAUCUCUACAACAGGGGCGAGUUCUUGGAGGAGUCAUUGGCUUCAUCCUACUCAUCUGCCUGGUGGUCUGUGGUCAAAGAACUGAAGAGAUGGCUGUUGAAGAACCAACAAGAAAAGCAGAGGGAGAAGACGAAGGCAUCCAUUAUGGAGAGAUCGAUUUCUCCAAGCGGAGACCUGAACAGUCCUCAGUCUCAGUGCAGGACAGUGGACAGCAGCAGGACACGCUGUACGCUGAGGUCAAAGUGUCCGAGAAAGCAAACAGCUUAACUCAGCCUGCUGACAGCCCAGACGACCUCUACGCUCAAGUGGGGAAAAAAUGA